GUUGGUUUUUGCGUAAAAUUAGAGAAAACAUCUUUUAUUUUAUCCGGUUGGUUUCUUUUUCUUUCUUUUCAAAUUGGAAACAUUUUUAAGUCAAUAAGCGCUUUUACUUGAUAUACACUCUUUGAGGUUAACGAGAACUUGCUUCGGAAAUAACACGUGGGAUAGAGAUCGGAGACAUGGUCGUGUUUACGUGUGGCCACUGCGGCGAGUCCGUGAACAAGCCUAAAGUUGAGAAACAUUAUAUGACCAAAUGUAGAAAUAGGCCCCACAACUUGUCAUGCAUGGACUGUUUCAAGGAUUUUCUUGGUAAUGACUACGAGGCUCACACAAAAUGUAUAACUGAAGAAGAACGCUACUCAGGAAAAGGAUUUGUUGCUAAGGAAAAGAAAGGAGAAAAGAAGCAAAAUGUAUGGGUCGAAAUGCUUCAAGAAGUAUUAGAACAGCAAAAGAGUGCUCCGGCCAAUGUCAGAAGGAUAAUCGAGACGGUCAGUAAACAUAAUAACACUCCUAGGAAAAAACCCAAAUUCAUCAACUUUGUCAAGAAUGUGUGCGGACAGAAAACAAAUCCAAAUGAUAUUAAUCAAGCUUGGGAUAUGAUCUCUGUUAAACUGAGCGAAUUAUCCGCAAUGAAUGCUAGACCCAAUCAGACUCAGCAAAAUAAGAAAUCUGAAGAUGAUGAAGAGAAUACGGAAAAUGGGGUUACGGAAAACGCUAAAGCUGAAGAACAUGAGGAAAAUGGUGAUGUUGGAGCUCAAAAUGGGGACGUAGAGGAAGCUAAAGAAACGGAGGGAAAGAGUGGUAAGAAAUCCAAGAAGCAGCGUAAAGAAGAGAAAAAGCGUCAGAAGUAUGAAGCAGAAUUACAGAGCGCAGCUCAAGACCCAGGAGAGGAAGAGGAAGAACCGCAGCCCACAAAGAAGGAAAAAAAGAAGAAAAACAGAGCGGAGUCCGUUAGCAACGGGGACGCCGAGGAACUCAAAGAGGAAGACAACAAAAAUAAGAAACGUAAAAGACAAGAUACCGUUAAUGCUGUUCAGGAAGUGAAAGAAGCAGUUGAAAACGGUGUUGCCGAUGCUGAAAUGCCGGUUAGCAGGGUUACACAGAAAAAGAAGAAAACUAAAAGCACUGGGGAAUCCGAGGAAGCGGAAGAAAGCAUCUGUCUCCACGACCAAAAUGUAGCAAAGAUUGGCGAACUAGAUAUUCGAAAAGAUAAAUUCAACUGGCAUGCGGUAAUAAUGUCCGUGCUUGAAAAGAAAGGUGAGGUGCAGUUCAAAAGGCUUCAGAAGAAGGUUCUUGGGGAAUAUCAGGAGGCAACGGGGCAGGAGAUUGACGAUAGAAUUGCUGAGAAGUUUAUUAAGAAAUUGAAAAGCGCACCCAAUGUGAGAGUUGAUAAGAAUAGAGUUGUUCUUGUGGACUAGUUUGUUCAAUUUCUCUGAUGUAACUUGGUAAGGCUGCCUAAAUUAUUACUGCUAUUUUUAUGGUACUGUAAGACAAGAUAUUAUACACAUGUGUUGUGUUUGUGUGUUUUUCAACCUCAAAAUAGCCAUCAAGUCUACCUACAAAGUUUCAUUCACAUUACAUACUGUGUUACAGUUCCAUACAUUCCAUAAAAACCACAGAAUAUAUAAUAGUACAAGUACAGAAGGCUCACUCCUUUGAUGUUCACAAAAUGCCGCCAUUCUAAAUUCUUACCUACGUUAACAAACGGACCGCACGCGAGCAGCCGUCAUUGAAUUCUUUUGCGCCGCGCGAAGGUCGUCACCACUGAAUGGGCCGCGAACUCGCGGCCGCCGGCGUGUACUUAUAGCGCGGCGAUAGAAUAGCGGAGUGAGCCGCCCCUGAUAUAACUUAACUUUUAACCCUUUUACAUCUAAUACAGCCAAAUGACACGGCUACAGUCGAAUAUCAACUUUCAUGCAUUCUAAUAAGGUUCACGAUGACACGCACGAUAGAUGUGGCUUUCUAAGUGUUAACAAUAAGUUGUAUAAGAAUAAUAGCAUUGUUAGAUGGCGCUGGUCAACUGUUGUAUAUGUUCCAUCUAUUAUCUCUGUGUCAUGUAACAAAGCUGUCAUUUUCACUGUUCUCUGUUAAACUUCCAAAAAUUUGCGCUAUGAGAGCUCAAGCCUACUGAUGUGCCGACGGAAAGUUUCCUGACUUCAGAAAUUUUCACAUGGGAAAACUUCGGAAACUUUCCAUACUUUGUGUAGACAAUUGUAUGGAUGGAAACUUCCCAUUUCAUAAAUUAAUAUCCCUUUAUUUUUCUUGGAAGUUUUGUAAAUUUUUCAAGAAAAUUAAGAUUUUUUUUGAAAGUUUCCGUAACUUGGACAUAACCUGCAGCGCAUUUUGAACCUUGUUGAAAUGUAAGAAAGUUGUUAUUGGGCUUUUACCGCGUGUCAGUUGACGUAUUUGUCUGUCAAAGGGUUAAAACAGUCUAUAUUAGAUAAAGAAAAUUCUGAGUCUUCUAUAUUUUAUGAGAUUACCACUUCUUGGUAUAAAUCGUGUAGUUUUCUAAAUCAAGUCUAUGUUGACUUGCCUAUUGAGAACCUUUAUUUGAAAAUAUUAUUCGCCUUUAUUUGAUGAAAAAAAAGUAAGUUUAGAUUUUUUUCCUUGUUUUUAAACUCUUGUAGCUUUGUUCAUUUGUCCGAGUUUUACAUUAUGUAAUUUUAAAUCUACUCAAUAAUUUCGGUGGCCUUAUUGAAUACCAAGUCAUUUUACUUAAUCAUGCCUCUGAUACUUCCAGUUUUAUAUGGAUUUCAUACAUAACGUACUCUUAAAGAUUGUCCUGUUAAACAGACUGCCAAUAUACAUGUGUCACCUUCA